CGCAGUCUGAGAAAAAUAACGCAGUCUGCUCCCGUGUCUCAAAAUUCCCCGCACCUCUCGGUUCCGGCAGCUCGCCUCUGCCGCCGCCGUCCGCGCCGCCGCGGCCGUUCCCGUCGCGUUCCAGCAGCAGGCCGGCCGGCCGCGUACUGGAUGGAGAAGAGGAAGAAGAAGGAGGACGACGAGGCAGCGGCAGCGGAGGCGGCGGCGGGGCCGUGGGCGAGCGUCCCCAUCGACCUCCUCCCCGAGAUCCUGUCGCGGGUGCCCUACCGCUCGCUCUGCCGGUUCAACUGCGUGUCCAGGGCUUGGCUCGCGCUCUGCUCCGACCCCGCGCGCCGUCCGGAAAAGGUCUCCCCAGACGCUCUCCGGCUUCUUCUGCUACCAAGGCAGCAGCCACGGCCGCCGCUCGCGCCUCGACUUCCUCAACCUGUCCGGGCGGGGGCGGCCGCUGGUCGACCCCUCGCUCAGUUUCGUGCGCGGCUACCAAGAGGUCACUCGCGCCUCUGCACUGCUGCGGCGGCAUCCUCAUCUGCUACUGCCGGAGAGUCGACAUGAAGGAAGCUGAAUACAUUGUGUGCAACCCCAAAACAGGAUCUUCAGGGCGCCUUUGAACAAUGUUGGCUAGCCUUGAACAUUUUGUAAGCUACCCUUCCAUGUGUAAUGACUAGUUAUAUGAAUGAACCUAGUCAGUUAAUCUCUUUGCUUUAAGCACUGAUUGUUGUGGUCACUUGUUAGCUCUGCAUGUGGCUAAAUGUGAGACACUGGGCAUUAUAUAUGUUUGUAAUUAUCAGCAUUUUCACCUCUUUCUAUUCAUCUAUGUGGCUGGAACCUUUA